AUGGUGGAUAAAUUUACUAUCACAUCUAUCGCUUUAAAAUGGUAUUUCUUUACCUCUGCCAGUCUUAUGGUCUACGAUGAAUUUUUUAAUCUAUUUCUGAAGCAACUUGGGCUUACCUCACAACAGAUCGGCGCCACAACUCUCCUUGGCGUUCAGCAUUUCUUUAUUCCGCUUUUGCUUUUGAUUGGUGACAAAUUUCGUGCACGCAAACUGCUUAUUUGGAUCGUGACGAUUGUUGCAGUUAUAAACUGUAUUCUACCACUGCUACCGUUGGUUGUGGAUCUACCAACAUGUUUUCAAAGGAUUCAUAGUUCAAUUAUGGCUUCGGCAAAAUUUCUUUACCCAAACCGUCCAUCAAGAAACGCCACAUCUUUGGACAAUGGAAUAUCAUUUCAAGCUACCUCCGUAUAUAAUUCGACAACUAAAAAUCACCAGACUGUACCCUGGAUCAGUAACAUAUUUUUCCUUAUGGUCGUGUCACGGGCCCUAACCGCAUUCCUGGAAGGAACAGUACACGCUUUAGCCAACCUCGCUACAAUCACCCAUCUCGAUAAACACAGGUCCAGUUUUGGAUCUUAUUACAUGUGGUCGCAAAUUGGAAGCGGGGCCUCAAUUCUCACUGCGGCUGUUUUGUCUUGGAUAAUAAGAUUGGCUAUUUGUGGGAAAGAAGGAUACGGCUUCUUCUCAGCUUUUUUGGUCGCAUCUUUUUUGGUUGUCCUCUCAAUGUUUGCACUGCCUUGGUUUGAAUUCAAGUACGAAAAUGACCGAAUUAUUGACUGGGAUGAAGUGAAACGUGUCGUAACUAACAGUCAUUAUAUCUACAUGUACUUUAUGUUUUUCUAUGCGGGUGUUUGCGUGGCGUUUCAGAUUUAUUGGGAAUUUUGGUAUCUGGAUGAGUUAUUGGCCAGUCCAUUGAUUAUGGGUGGAGCCGCAUUGAUCCGCAGACCAUUGUUGGCCGUGUCUAUUUUUACCUCAUGUCGUGUUAUAAGAAAGAUUGGUGAUCUUUAUACAAUAUGUAUCGCUUUUCUGUUAUUUGCCCUCUCGUAUUUCGCUCUAUCCUUCACACGAGUGUUUUGGUAUGUGCUCGCUAUUGAUACGUUUCAAGCGGCUGCUUAUGGUUUAUCUUAUACUGCAUUCACAGUGCAUUUAUCCAAAGCUGGAUCGAAAGCAAGUGCAGGCGUACUGCUAGGUAAGAAUCUUUACACAUCUUGUAUAAUCAUCCAGUAUAACAAUGGCGUAUUAUUAUACAUUUGCACGUUUAUUUCAGUGCCUUUUUAAGGAAAUUUUCAUUGGGAAGGCAAAGGCAAACUCAUUUCUUCCAAAUAAGAAAAAUUUGAGCAGAAAAGGCUUGCCCAAUAGCACUGACGAUUGAUAUAUGGAAGGGAGAGCUAGUGUAUUCACAACUUUAACUAAUCAACUUUUACUGUUUCACUGCAACUUUAACUGUGACUAGAAUUUUUAAAUCUCGAUCUUAGAUAACCAGAUUGAUUUUGCUCAUGUGAUUACAUGAUUCGGUUGGGUAGUCCGGGUUUUCAAGCGCGACAUGUUAUCCCCGGACAUACAGUAAGUGCAUGUCACAUCAUUUACUCAUGGACAAAGCCGUGCAAUACUUUGUAUACGUUACUCUGGAAGCUUUAGCUGCCAUAGUGACUUGUAACUAUACAUGCGAAAGUACGUCCUAACCCGGCCCGGCUGACUUUUCGGCAUUGCAGACGCUGAAAUAUGUCAAGGAGUUAACCAAAGCAUAUAGUAUAGUUGAUAUAGAAAAAAAUACAUAGUAUAGUAGGCCUGCAUAAAGUUAGUAGAGAAAAUUUGAAUGUAAUUUUGAGCAUGAAAGUGAUCUCAUUCUUUGGCGUUCUUUUUAUGCACAAUUCGUAACAUGCUGAUAAUGGUGGAUUUUGAUUGAAGCUACAUACAUUUACAUACAAAUAUUAUUCAGCUCACUCCCCAACGGGGCUUUUCAGUGACCGAUUACAUCAAGUAUUACGCUUACUUGUCUACCUACUUAGCCUAUAAUUAUAGACUGAUUAUCUUUACAGCAAUUGUGAUAUUACUUUCCUAACUAUAUGUUUAUCCUAACCCACCCUGCAUGUCAACUUUCCCUGUGAGAGGAAACCGGAGCACCCGAAGAAACCCACGACUUUCGGCAGAGAGUUGACUGACUCUUUUCCGAUGGGCUGUAGCGAGAAUGGCGAACCCACGUUCUCAUGCAGAGGUGAAAGGCGCUUGCUCUGCAUGACGACUAUGCCACCGAUGCAUGCAUGUGAGAGAGAUAAGAUGGAAAUGAUUGAAUGUCCUACAAAGCGCAUGAAAGACUGAAUAGGCCUAUAGUUACGCCAUUCUGAAACUAAUUUUACAGUUAUAUUAUUAAAAAAAGCAUGUUCGAUAUAUAUAUAUAUAUAUAUAUAUAUAUAUAUAUAUAUAUAUAUAUAUAUAUAUAUAUAUAUAUAUAUAUAUAUAUACCAAAUAUGUAUUUAGAAUCAUAUAUGAGUAGAGUGCUCGAUAUACCGAAGUAUAGAGCUAAUAUAGAUAAAGAUAAAAUAAACCUGGUUUACUUCAUAAGAUUUAUUCACUACAAACUUGUUUCGUAUGACAAGCAAUGCUUGCCAUACGAAACAAGUUUGUAGUGAAUAAAUCUUAUGAAGUAAACCAGGUUUAUUUUAUCUUUAUCUAUCUAUAUAUAUAUAUAUAUAUAUAUAUAUAUAUAUAUAUAUAUAUAUAUAUAUAUAUAUAUAUAUAUAUAUAUAUAUAUAUAUAUAUAUAUAUAUAUAUAUAUAUAUAUAUAUAUAUACAUAUAUAUAUAUAUAUAUAUAUAUACAUAUACAUAUACAUAUACAUAUACAUAUACAUAUACAUAUAUAUAUAUAUAUUUAACAAUUAUUCGCCGAAGGCGAGGUUUUUAUUCUCGCCGAAGGCGAGACGAAGUCGAGGUUUUUAUUCAGCGAUAUUCACCGAGCCUGAGGCGAAUAAUUGUUUUAGUAUAAUUACAAAGGUGAUUAUUUGAAAAAAAAUAAUAUAACACAUCUCAAUCUUUUUUCGUACGGCGGUGACUUUAGCUUUCUAUAUCCAGGGCCGUUCAUAUCGCCAUCAAGAAUGCUUUUUGUAGUAAUUUCCAUCACUUUUUCUUAUAGAAACGUAGAAUUUUGAUAAACAUUUGUUUAUUCCGUCAAUAUUGAUGUCUUCAAACUCAUUUGUGAAUUCUGACUGUCGUUGAAACAAAUCUGUUGUAGAAAAUACAAACGUAAACAAAUGUCUAAACUAUUGUACGGCAACUUAAAUAAAACGGUGUUUUAUGCGAAGUAGUUUCCCAUCUCGAAAUACUUUUAAGCCAAAUUUUGUCACUUCUUUCGUGCUUUUAGGUACAGUAUUUUCUUUAAAAUUUAAUUUAUUUCUUCAUCUGUCACUUCGACGAAACCACUCGCCGCCAUUUUGAAAAAUCCGCUUAGGUGAUUAUCGCGUAAUAAUCCGAGGUCGCUUGACCAAUCAGCGGCCACAAUUUUCGAUAAUCACCUUUGUAAUUAUACUAAAUAUAUAUAUUCCUAUAGGCUAUUUUAUCUGAAGAGUGCCACGUUAUUUACGUGGUACGAAACUGUAUAGUAAUAAAUAUGCCAAACAAAGCUUGCUAAGUUUUUGUGUCUUUCUAUUAUGCUCUGGUUAUCCAUUGAGCAUUCUAUCAUUGGUUUUUAUAACCCAACAUAAUAUAUAUAUAUAUAUAUAUAUAUAUAUAUAUAUAUAUAUAUAUAUAUAUAUAUAUAUAUAUAUAUAUAUAUAUAUAUAUAUAUAUAUAUACAUAUACAACAUAAUAUAUAUAUAUAUAUAUAUAUAUAUAUAUAUAUAUAUAUAUAUAUAUAUAUAUAUAUAUAUAUAUAUAUGUAUAUAUAAUAUAAUAUAACUAUAUAAGGCUCUUUUUACAUGAAACCAAGACGAAGUCAAAUUAGGACGAACGAAAACUUCUAAGCCAGAUGAAAUCAUGAGACCGGUAUAAAAACCACAAAUGUUUUAGUCUAUUCCCCUUGCAUGCUCACCGCUUUUUUUACAGUGCUCAGUUUGUGAAACCAGUCUAAAAUUUUGUGUUUACAUUCUACCUGCUCCAAAUUCAUCCCGGUCUAAAGAUAGUUGGUUCGGUCAAGCGAGUGGGAUGAUUUGUCUGAGAAAGUUUUCCUCCCGGUCUCAUGUAAACAUCUAUUACAAAUAAUACCGUGCCGGUUGGACUUCGUCCCGGUCUCAUAGUGUAAACGGGACCUGACUUCAGACCGGCAUGAAUAUUCGGAGCGGGACGAAUGUAAAAAAAACAGAAAGGACCAGCCUUGGCUAUAUGCUCUCGGUUUCGGCACAAUGCAUGCAUGCUCAUAAAAGCACUGAAAAAAAAGAAAAUGGCGCAGUAAAAUUUCGCUAAACUUUCGCUUUAUGAAAACGGCUGGGAAUUAUGAGUUAACCAUGCAUUUCACGGCCCAGAGAGAUGACACUGUAUACUAUAUGAACCAAGUUAGCCCUCAGAAUAAUUCCAAGAGGAAUUUAAAGUUAAAAGAUGUGGAAACCAUUCUACUUCAAUCAUUUCCAACCUGACCUUCCAUGGGCGGAUACACUGAGGGGAAAAAAUGGUUCAAUGAUGUCAUCCGUAUAUGCAUGACGACUGAUUGCGCCUGAGUGAUUUUUGCAUAUCUUUCAAGGCAGAAAAGAACGCUUGUUGUUUACGAGCUGUUUACCAAAUUUCCGUGCGCACCUUUUCAAUGUCAUUACAUUUUCCUCCUAUGUGACUGAAGCCCCGUUUACACUACGCUCAAUUUUUGGUACGGCACCAUAGGCGUCAAAAGAUCGAUAAGUGUGUGUGGGGGGUACCAUAUUCAUAUAUUCCUAUUCACAGACCUUAAAAACAAUCGAUUUCAAAAGAAAUUAAUAACGCAGAACACGAAUAUAUGAAUAUGCCCCCCCCCCCACUUAUCGAUCUUUUGACGCCUAUGUACGGCACGGAUAAAAUUGGUACCCGUACCACUUUUUUGGUUCUUGGACUACCUAUUUAGGUAAUCCAAGAACCAAAAAAGUGGUACGGUACCAAAAAUAGAGCGUAGUGUAAACGGGGCUGACCAUUUAGGUAGUCCAAGAAUCAAAAAAGUGCAUUACAUUGAAAAUUGUAAUGUAAAUUGUUAUUAAGAAGAUACCUGCGAAUGGUUUUACAGUCGUGCCAAUAGAAGCGUUCCGAAAAAUGUUGAUCAGUUCAUUUCCUAACUUCGAAGAGUUCCUCUGAACAAUUCCUCAACAAUUUGAUAAGUUCCUUAAAAAGUUCCUAACUUCCUGUUUCAUUGACCAAUCAGAUUGCUCAAAAAUAAAAUAUAAAAUUUGAUUGGUCAAUGAAACAGGAAGUUAGGAACUUUUUAACGAACUUAUCAAAUUGUUGAGGAAUUGUUCAGAGGAACUCCUCGAAGUUAGGAAAUAAACUGAUCAAAAUUUUUCGGAACGCUUGUAUUGGCACGACUGUAAGCGGAAAGGAACGAAUACAUUGGUAAUUUUUGUUUUCUUCUAACAAAUGUGUAACAUGUAGGCUACUAAUAAACUCGAAUUUCAUUCAUCAUUUCUUGGUUGGUUCGACCAAUCUGUUUUGUCAGUGAAGGUACUGUAUAGUCUUUGGCUCUGACAUCAGUGCGCCUUCUUGUAUUUCUAGGAUUUCAGGAGAUGUUUUUUGUUGUUGGAAAUGACGCUGGUGCGACAAUUUGGGGUGUACUGUUCUACCAUAUUGGAACACGGGGCGCGCUUCUUUUUUUCGCCGCGGUAACCGCUAUACUACUUGUCUCACUUCUCAUUUAUGUGAGAUUUUCAAAGAAGGCAAGUGAAUAUGAGAAAAUCUCUCAGCAUGAUGACGAUGAUUAUGACGAUGAUUCCUGUUAA